GUCGCUGUGGGAACUGGUUUGUUAUGGAGCAGCUGGACGGAGGGUGGAAGGUGGUGGGUGCUUCCGCGUGAGGGUGGCUUCGGCGGGAGAGAGCCGGUGGCGUCCUGGGAAGAGUUAUCAAGUGCAGCCUGUGCUUUGUCAGGACCUCGUUCAGAGUCUCCGUGUUGUCCCAUCUGCCUGAUCUGAGAAAAAGUUGGGGAUGCUCUGUUUGGGCUGUGUGUUUCUAAUAAGCUUUUGUUUGUGACUGAAAAAGGCAGGUGUGUAUCCUUCAGGAAACAGAGGUACAGACUAAAUGGAUCUAAAGACAGCAGUGUUCAAUGCAGCUCGUGAUGGCAAGCUGCGGCUCCUUUCCAAGUUACUGGCAAGCAAAACCAGAGAAGAGGUGGCCUUACUAAUGUCAGAAAAAACCAAUGGUGCCACACCACUUUUGAUGGCAGCCCGUUAUGGGCACGUUGACUUGGUGGAAUACUUGUUGGACUAUUGCUCUGCUUCUAUAGAAAUUGGUGGUUCGGUUAAUUUUGAUGGUGAGACCAUUGAGGGAGCUCCGCCAUUAUGGGCAGCAUCAGCUGCUGGCCACUUGAAGGUGGUUCAGUGUCUGUUAGAUCAUGGUGCAUCUGUUAACAACACAACUCUAACAAAUUCAACUCCGCUUAGAGCUGCCUGUUUUGAUGGUCACCUGGAAAUAGUAAAAUAUCUUGUGGAGCACAAAGCAGACUUGGAAGUAUCAAACCGUCAUGGGCAUACAUGCUUGAUGAUCUCUUGUUACAAAGGCCACAAAGAAAUUGCUCAGUAUUUACUUGAAAAAGGAGCUGAUGUUAACAGAAAAAGUGUUAAAGGAAAUACUGCAUUACAUGACUGUGCAGAAUCUGGAAGUUUAGAGAUCAUGAAGAUGCUUCUCAAGUAUUGUGCUAAGAUGGAAAAGGAUGGCUAUGGAAUGACUCCCCUUCUGUCAGCCAGUGUGACAGGCCACACAAAUAUUGUGGACUUUCUGACCCAACAUGAACAGACCAGUAAGAUAGAAUGUAUAAAUGCUCUGGAACUUCUAGGAGCAACAUUUGUGGACAAAAAGAGAGAUCUGCUUGGUGCUUUGAAAUACUGGAAGCAAGCUAUGGAAAUGAGAUACAGUGAUAGGACUAGUAUCCUGAACAAACCUGUGUCACAAACACUAAUUAUGGCCUAUGAUUAUGCUAAAGAGGUAAACAGCUCAGAAGAGCUAGAAAAUCUUAUUGCAGAUCCUGAUGAGAUGAGAAUGCAAGCACUAUUAAUUAGAGAACGUAUUCUUGGUCCUUCUCACCCAGAUACAUCCUACUAUAUUAGAUAUAGAGGUGCUGUCUGUGCAGACUCUGGAAACUUUAAGCGAUGCAUCAACUUAUGGAAAUAUGCUUUGGACAUGCAGCAGAGCAAUCUAGAUCCGCUGAGCCCUAUGACAGCCAGCAGUUUACUAUCAUUUGCUGAACUCUUCUCCUUCAUGCUGCAGGACAGGGCAAAAGGCCUGCUAGGCACUACUGUUACAUUUGAUGAUCUCAUGGGUAUACUGUGCAAAAGUGUUCUUGAAAUAGAGCGGGCCAUGAAACAAAUCCAGUGCCCUCCUGAUCCAAUACAGCUGAACAAAGCCCUUUCAAUCAUUUUGCAUUUAAUUUGCUUGAUGGAAAAAGUACCUUGCAGCUCAGAACAGGAGCAUUUUAAGAAACAGACUAUUUACAAGUUUCUUAAGCUUCAGCCUAGAGGGAAGAAUAACUUCAGUCCGCUUCACCUUGCUGUUGACAAGAAUACUACAUGUGUGGGUCGCUACCCAAUUUGUAAAUUCCCCUCUCUACAAGUUACUGCUAUCCUGGUGGAAUGUGGUGCUAAUAUAAAUGUCAGAGACUCUGAUAACAAUAGUCCUUUACAUAUUGCUGCACUGAACAACCAUCCAGGCAUAAUGAAUUUUCUUAUCAAGUCAGGUUCACACUUUGAUGCCACAAACUCGCAUAAACAAACUGCUAGUGAUUUGCUGGAUGAAAAGAAAAUAGCAAAAAACUUAAUCCAGCCUAUAAAUCAUACUACGUUGCAGUGUCUUGCUGCUCGUGUUAUAGUGAAUCAUAACAUAUGCUAUGCAGGGCACAUUCCUGAAAAACUAGAGAAAUUUGUUUUGCUCCAUAGAUAAUAGUGUGCAGUCCCAGAGUGCUGCUGUUGAAGCAUGACUUGGUGACAAUGUUUUUUUAUUGAGCACUAUUGUGAUAUACCAGUAUUCCCUUAGUUUGCUCUAUCUUGCUCUCAUUGGCUAAAAUGUUGUUAGCAUCGCAUCUGCAGAGUUGGUUAACCAAUAUUUGAAUAUGUCAUAUUAUUAUAUUUUGUGGAUUAUUUAAAAAUGCAGUGCUGUAUUUAGACUCUUAAAAUUGUUUGCCAAAGGCUUGUCUAUCCUGGUCUUAUUUGCCUGUUGGGUGUUUAGGACUGAGUUGAAUAUUUUCCACUGAUGUCUUUUUACUACAACUGUGUGGAUUUUAUAUGGUUGGAGGGUCAUCUUUCUUUGGUUUUGCUUGAGUAUUUCUACUCCUAUUCUUUUUCUAUGGACUUGUUAAACUGUGCGAGUUGUAUAGACUUGUUAACAUUUGCAACUACCAUAAGUGCUUUUUAUCUUCUCUAUGCACUGACUUAAAUGUGACUGUUGUGUGUGAACAUAUUUCUAUGCAGCAGUUGGCCAAUUUCAACUUAAAUGCCCAUUUUGAUUUGCAGUUUUGUUUGGAGCUCUUUUUGAGAAUGCUGCCUUCAUAGCAUGACAAAUUUUGGAGCUACAUAUCACCUUUCUGAACUGGGGUUUAACUUUUUUAUUCUAGCUGUAACUGAGGGUUGCUUUCCUCUUGAUCCUUUGGAAAUCUGUGCUAAAUUUGGGAGAAGAAAAUCUCUCUUGUUCUCAUGGUAAUCUACUUGAAUUUUUAAUCUGAUAAUCGUUCUCACAUCAUGCAGUUGGGGGAAGAGUCCUCAUCAUAUACAACUGACAGCUUUCCUUUUGCACUAAUGUCUUGCUUGUGUUGGUUACGUGACUAGAUGUAAAGUUUGUUUAAAGUUGAACCUCAAACUCAAUGAUACACUCUAAUGAGAAAUAGAUGAAAUGCAUGCUAUAGUUUCAAUUUACAAAUCAACUUCUUUAGCUACAAAAGAAACUAAAGCAUGUUGGUGGUGCGAUGCUUAUCAGUCCAGAAAUAUAGGCAUCAUCAAUAUCAUUAUAACAUAGUAAAUGGCUGUAUGCCAGAGUAAUAGAAAUUCUAUAGCAGUGUCUUCUCUUCUUUGUUUUAAAUAUCUUUAUAAAUGCAUGUUUUUUCCAUCUCUCUUAUCUGUCAGCUGUACUUAAAGAAAAAGCAGUUCUGUUGUGUAUAUAUAGCUUCUAAUUAAACGUAACUAUUUUUAUAAUAUUUGCAUAAUAGCUUAACUUUUACAACAGAAAGGGCUCUUUUGACUUGAUAAGAAAUCUAUAAAAGAAUUUAAUAAAGGAGAGUGAGAUUCAGGUAUUUAAUAUAAUUCAACACUUUACUGUUGAUUAAUAGUAGAAUUUAUUAUGGCAUAUUAGCCCUGCAGAUGUCUAAGUGAAAUUAAUUUGUGUUGAGUAGAAUAUAGUUUAGUAUUCUAGCAUAUUAGAUAUUGUUGACUUGAUGUUUCAUUUCAGUGAUGGGCAGUAAAUGUGUUUCUUGCCAAGUUGAUUUAGGCUUUUGUUGGUGAUAGAGAUAUUUAAAAGCCAAAUUAAGUCAAGGAAAAAAAUUAUUUAGGAGGGGUUUUUUAAAUUUGAUGUUGGAGUAUUUUUCUUCUGUGAACUAAGGUGAUGAAGAAUGUCUUGAGAGUAUAAAAGAGUGUAUAUAUUAAAAAAAAAAAAUAAUCCUUACUUUUUGGCUGUUUCAGGUUUUCUCUUAGUGUACAGCGUGGAGCCAACAAGCUUAGCCAUUCUUGGGGAAAAUAUUGGGAUGCUUUUAAACAAAGAGAUAUUGAAAGUAGUGCUGUUUGUAUACUGCCACUUUCAAACUCUUAUUUUGAAAUAACUUUCACCUGUUUAUCCCAUGGCAUACCUAUAUUGUAUGAAAAUCUGAGCAUAAGGAAAUCCUAUUUGUUUCUCUUGCAAAUGUGCAGCAGUAAACUUCUAUUACGUUGGCUGAUUUUUUUUUUUCUGAUUUGUAAUGAUUAAACUACAUGCCACCCAAGUUGUCAGUUGUGAGAACAAGUAGUUUGAUUUUGUAUUUCUUAUUUUUUAUAUGCUUCUCUACUACUCUGUAAGUUCGUGUACUCAAAUCAUACCACGCUAGAAACGGUCCACAUUAUACUUCAAGCCAUAAAAAGCAUUAUACUUCAAGUAAUAAAAAAGUCAUCUUUCUAUAGGUCACAGAGAAAGGGAUUUUUAGAUUACUGUUUUAUACUCUGGAAUCUGUACUGCUCUUUAGUGUUUGCGAUUUGAAUUUGUCUUUAUAACUGUAUAAUAUCCUGUUUAAAGUUAGUUACUUAGAGAUUAUUAGUCCAGAAAUAGAACUAAAAAAUUAUGGUAGUGUGUGCUGCUAUUGUUAGCAAAGUUUUGAAUGGAAAACACCCCAGAAUAGAAAGCAUAUCACUAUCUAAUAUGUGUAAAUCCAGUGAAAAUUGCCAGGCCUUACAGGGCUUAUUGUUAGCUACUUAGGUUUUGGGGUUUUCUAUUUGUUUUUAAUUUAUGAAGUACUGAUUUACUGUAUGUAAUUCUGUCUAAAUAUCUGCCAAUACACAUCAAUCCUAAAGAUUAUCACCUACAUUCAGAAUUUAAUUUUGCAAGGUCAUGAGGCUAUCUGCUGAAUUCUUAACUGUGAUGUCAGAUAUUCAAGCUUAGGUGACCAGAUGGAUAAGUUAAUGCAUUUAAUUCCACUUUCUAUUUAACCCUGUAUGUGUAUGUUACCCCCAUUUAAUUUUUGCUUCAUUUUAAAAGAAAUCGGUACAGAGCGUAUGUUGGGUAAUGUUACGGAUUAGUUAAGGAUUUGCUGAUUGGGAAGGAGGGUAAGGACAGUAGGCCCUGUCUGAGAUGUCUGUGCCACUAUGGCCAGUGCUAAUGGGUAGUAGCAGUUUUGCCCCCUCAGCCCCUAAUUCAAACCAGGAAUGUCUCCACUUAAGUAUAGAUACUAACUUUCUGGACUAGUUGUUUUUGUUUGUUUGGUUGGUUUUUUUGGUUGGUUGGUUUUUGUUUGUGUGGUGUGUUUUGGGUUUUUUUUUUUGUUGUUUUGUUUUAAUUCUUAGUCUUAUUACCCAUUCAGAGAUAGGAAUAAGAUUAUUUUAGUGAAACAUGUUGAUACUAAAUGCAGUAGUGUUGCUAGCUGAACACAAACUAUAGUAAGGACAAGGAACUGAAGAGCAUUCAGAACACAGAACUGUUAUCCUUUUUUGUCAUAUUAUUAACUCAUUCUUUUUCUGUUCUUAUCUUCCCAUUUGUUUUUUUCUGAUUAAAAGUGCUUUUUCAGAGCUGCCAACCCAUAAACAUAUCGAGAACAUUGAGGAAAAAAUUGUAUGCCCUGUGGGGGUGAAAUAGAUUUAAAAAUUGAUUAAAUAAUUUGCAGGUAUGUACUUUUAAAGACAAGGAUACUGAUACCCCCUUGCUUGUUGAGACCUCUGAAGUUGGAUUUUUUUUUUUUUUUUUUUUAAUAAAUACUCAAAGCACUCUUCUUUCUAAUCUUCUUUGGCUUCCACUGAAAAUAUUUCAGCCAGGAAGAUGAAAAGUAUUGUGGUUUAAAAAAAAAAAAAGCUGUUCUUGCCAAAUUCUAAAAUUAGAUUCCUAUUUUUAUAUCACUUAUGUCAGUAAUGAGAUUCCAGCUGUCUGUGGUGUCUCUGAGGUUCUGAUUGUUAAGCACACGGUAUAAAGGCACUUUUUAAAAUGCAAGGCAACAGCAUGGUUAUUUUUUCCAUGUAUACUCUGCAACAGUCCUUAGAUAGGAGGUAUUUUUAUAUAUUACCUAAAUACCAAAAGUUCUCUUUUAAUAACUGUUUUGAAACUGGUUGAAAUUACUCAUUCCGCUUUUAUAAAACACUAUCUUAUAGAAGGAAUGGAAUGCCAUAGCAAAAUUCUUACUAAAGGGUUAAAAAAAGGAUAAAAACCUUAAUAGGAAAGACGAUGUGCCACCUCAGUUUUGCAUCAACUGCAAGUUAAUAGUGUCAGGAUAUGACUACUCUGGAAAUAGCUUCCUCAUGCUUUGAAUUAGAGUGGAAUGCCUGCUAUACUCUAAAAUAUUGACAAAUACGAGUACAAAGACUUAACACUAAGUUCUGUGACUACAAUGAAAUGGUAUUUAAUGCUUCAAAGUAACUUUGAGGAAUAUGAUGGAGACAUACUAGACUUAAAUAUAGUUUGUUUUACAUUGUUCAAAUCUUUGCUUUGGGUGUGAAAGUAAAUGUUGAACCCUCAGUGAGCAGAAUGAAAAGUUAUUGUUCAUUUGGUUUUAACUAACUCUGUGUUCCAUUCUAUCACAAAGACUUCCUGUGCAGGGAAAUUCCAUGUAAUUGAAAUAUUUCAAUUAUAAAUUCAAAAUACUGCAUUUUCUUUUUUUAAUUUAGCUUCAAUGAUAAUGUAAAAAAAGGAAUAAGAAAUAUAUUUCUUUGCUCUUACUCUCUUUAGGCUCUAAAUGCAGAUUGCAUUAAAAAUAUGUUUUGGAUAACACCUGUCUGAGUCGAUAUAUUUGUUUUCUUUAGGGUUACUGUAAUACUGGUUGCUAAACCUCUUUUUCAGUUGAGUAUGAAUAGUUAAAUGUGAAUGCUGCAGCUUUAGACUUUGAUCUUCUUGUUGUUAAUUAUUAUACCUUAAAUAGACUAUCAUGUUUCAUUCUCUUACUAUCAAAUGAUGGUCCAGCCAAACCUUUGAAUUCUGGUGAUGGGCAGUAGUAAGGAAAAGGCUUAAACUGGAGGAUACAGGAGACACUUUCACAGUUUUUCUAGAAAAUGCAGUUGAUUAUGCUAUUAACUCCGUUAAAACAUAGUAGUGUUUGUUUAUAGCAUAAACAAAAGUAACUAGCAAGAUCUUGUAAUAAAUAAGCAACAGACAAUUUUCCAAGGAAGUUGGACAAAUUAAAUUUUUUGUAUAGCUUUUGAAGUCUCUUCCCUAUUGCUUCCAUAAUUUAAAAAGAGAAAAAAAAAUACUCCAAGGAUGAGAGAAUUAUGGCAAGAUCCUUAUUAAAGAGGUCUUCAGAAGUCUUCCGUUCUAAACGUUACCAUCAGAAUUUUGAGAUCUUUAUAGUUAUGCACAGUAGUCAUACUUAAAAGGCAGUGUACACUUUAUUUCAGAGUUUAUUUAGAUUUAUUCUUAAUUGGUAACAAACAGCAUCAAGAAGAUGAGGCACUGUGUGAGGAUAAUUGGUCCAGAGCUUUCACAGUAAGAUAAUUGUUACAUAGAUGACUUAAUGAAUCAAGUACAGAUUCUCUUAAUUAGGAAACAAAGAACUUGAAUCACAUCAUUAUUCAUCUCUCUGCAGUUGCAGAUGAUGAUAAAUGUUCAGUCCAGAAGUGUCUGCUGGCUAUCUAAACUAUGCCUAUGCAAAAUCUGUCAUCUCUGUCCAUGCCUGGGAUUAAUUUUCUAACUCUCUCUGAUUAUCUUUGUGCAGAAGUGUUUCUCCAGCUGUGAUGACUUGCCUUCACCCCCACUGAACUCAGCUGUCCACUCUGCCUCUUCCAUCUGCCCUUGUGUUGCACUGCUAGUUGGAAUCAGCUGCCAAACAAGUCAGCCCCUUUCUGCCAGUGAUGUGCAGUUCUUUGUGAAAGUCUGGUGCAGAGGAUGAGGAAUGGUGGCUAUUCAAACAUACAUAAAAACCUACGAGUUCAAAUUUCCCCCCACCUCUGAUGACCCUUUUCUAGCCAUUCCAUUGUUGUUUCACAUUGUGUUCUCUGUCUCUUUACUGUUCCCAAUUGCUCCCAGGUGUUUCCUGUUUCCUAAUCUUCCUCUGCCACAGCUGUGGCUGACUCAAAGCCCAUAUUGAAAUGGGAAGCACUUGGGAAGAUUUGGCCCUUACCAUGCCUUAAGCAGUUUGUGCUAUUUCUAAAUGGUAUUAGGAAAUAAGAGGAUUAGAAGAAAUGCAGGGUUCAGCUUGCUUGCCUAUUAUUCAUCUGUCUGGUUCUUUAAACAAGGUAAGGAUGCUUACAUUGUUGCUUAGUCUCCUCGUUAGUGUGAAAUUUAGGCUUUCCUAUUCACUCUGCACAAUGUAUUUUGUCUUAGGUGAGGUUGUGGAUGAGUACUAUGCAAUUGUUGGUGGUGUAAGCUGUUAUAAGUCUAAGCAAAUCUCAUCAUAGAAUCAGUAACACUAGAUUUCCUCCCAUGCAGAAGGUACUUAAAAGCUUUGCAUUUGUUUAAGCACCUUUUCAUAUGCUUUGGUUCUUUCAAAUGUGCUGAUUUUGCAGUUUGUGGCUUCUGAAAAAUCUGCCUUUAAUGUGUCACUUCCCCAGUGUCUUCCCAAGUUCCACUAGUUUAUCCAUCAGGUUGCUGUUUCAUGCUGCUGCUAGAAGGCCCCUUCCUUCCCCUGUACAUAGCAGCCAUCACCCUCCUGCAUGCUUUGAUCUUUCCAUCAGUGGUAUCAAUAAGGGCAGGGGGCAGUGAACGUGGUGAGCAAGCUAUAUAGAAUGCAAUAGGUGCUCCUGUUCUCCAGAAGUGAGCAGCAGUGUGUUGAUCUAGGCAGCUGCCUGCUUUGAGUUGGGCUAUGAUCGGGAGCUAGGAUGAGUACCAGUCUAGGUGUCUGAAUGUACUGUUCUAAUCAUAAAUGGUACAGAGACAAGCUGCUGGGGUGCUACUCUUUCUUAAUAACUCCUUGAACCCUGCUCCAUUUAGUCUUCAACAGUGUGAUGUUUUUCUAUGAUGGCAGAAAAUAGCCAGGAAGAAAAGUUCUCAGUGAUGAAAGAAGGGCAUGCUGCUACUGCAAAACCAGGAUCACUUACAAGGCAAUAGUAAAUUUUAUUUGGGGGGGUGAUGGUGGUGGUGGCGAGAUGUUAGAAGAAUGCUCAGUGGGAAAAUGAACUGUCCUUACUAUAUCGGUGGCAAAAAGCAGUGCAAGGCAACUACUAUAGAUAAAGCAUCAAUGUCUGUACUCACAUAUCAUAAAGUCCCAGGUUGGAAAAGAAAUCUGAAAUAACACUUCAGUAAUGUUAGCAAACUUCAACCCCAGGAAAAGAAACAAAAGUAGAGAUGGUAGCUUUGUCUCUUCCUAGUAGUUAAGAACUUAUGUAUAGUCAUUGAAGCAUUCUCUGGCAUGGUGCUAAAAAUUUCUGUGAUCUCCUCCUGUGCUUGAUGUGAAUUCACUGAAGUGUCUUCUAUAAAAGGCCUCUCAGUACGAACUUUGUAUCUUAUAGACAGAGUUAAUCUGCACUGUCCACUCUUCAGCAAUCUACUCAGAUAAAAGAGAACUCCUGAAGUGAGGAAAUACUCCAGCAGGGACAGAAACAAACAAAAAAUGUUCUAGGCAUUGUGCAACAAUUUCAGAAAAGUUGAUGCUGAAUAAAUUCUUGUUCAAGAAAGUAACUUCAGAAACGGGGAAGGAAUGCACAUCCUUAACUUGGGAAUUCUUUCUUGACAACUGAAACAACCCCUUUCCUUUAUCUAUAAAAAAUUGAAUGAAGACCUCAAGAAGAAAAGGUCAAGUGAUAUUGUUCACAUCUUUCUUUAUUAUUAUAUGUUCUUUGAAAGAUGGCUGAUGAUGCAUCUUCCAAUAAAGGAUUUCUUAGCUCACAGUGAGAGGCAAUUCAGUAAUUGUUCAGAUGGUUGAGUUCUGAGAAUGUUGCUGUUACUAUUCAAACUGAGGAAGUUAGCUGCUUUUGGAUGGAGGUGGGUAUUUUAUUAAUCAAGGAUAGAAAAAAAACAACCAAACAAACAAAAAACUCCCACCAAACUUAAGAAACAAAAACCUUCCUAUAAUUUGUAGUCUUUGUCUCCUGCCCAAGCACUUAAACACUGCAGACUACUGAAAGGUAUCCUCUUGGACUUAGCUAAAAUUGAACACAUGUUGGGUACCAAACAACAACUUAAGAAGCUUAAGCUAUUCCAGUGCAGUUAACAAGGCAGAGCCCAGCAAGUGUGCCUGUAUUAAAUCAAAAGAUGUGUGUAUAUAGUUCAUUGCUGUUGUGGUUUAAGCCCAGCCAGCGGGAUGGGGAGGAGAAAAUAUAACAAAAGGCUUGUGGGUCAACACAAAGGCAGGGAGGGAUCACUCACCAAUUCUGGUCACAGGCAAAACCAGACCCAACUUGGGGG